AGUGUCAUGAUUCUGAGUAACAGAAAACAAACCAGGCUGUUCACAUGUUUUACUGCUUAGUCUACACUGAUCUGACUUUGCUGUACUUUUUACUUUAAAAUUGAGAUUUUUCUCAUUGGGCAUUGGUUCUUUUAAAUUAGAUUUCCGGGCCAGAAUCAUGGCUGUAAGGCUUUUUGAAGCUAAAGAUCAUGCAGCUUCCUACCUGCGGUACAGAGUCUCACCCCAUGAACUUAUCACCAGGAUUAUGGACUUUAUGGAAGAACAGACACCCAAACAGUACAACCUUGCAGUAGAUGUCGGUUGCGGUUCGGGUCAGGGAACGAUCCUUUUGGCUCAGUAUUUUGCUAAAGUGGUGGGAACGGAUGUCAGCCCUGUCCAGCUAGAAAUGGCAUCAAGCAAUGACAAACCACAGAAUGUCUCAUACAGAGAGUGUCCAGCCGAAGAGUUACCGUUUGCAAAUGGCGAGGUGGACCUUGUGACGGCCAUGACGGCAGCCCAUUGGUUCGAUCGCCAACGGUUCCUCCAGGAGGCGGAUAGAGUGCUUCGUCCUGGAGGCUGCCUGGCCCUGCUGAGCUAUACCAUGGACAUGAAGUUGGAGUAUGGAGAUAUCUCCGACUCACUCAAUGACAUCUGUGAAGAGUUUUACGCCACACUGCUUCCUUACCGAAGUUCUUACAUCGGAUCGAGCUCCAAAAACAUCUAUUUGGACUUGUUUAACUCCUGCUCCUAUCCAGAGAAGGAAUGGAACAAUUGUGUGCCAGUGAGGAGGGCCGUGACGCUGAGCGCCUACAUUGGAAUGGUUCAAACCUUCUCCAGCUAUGAGUGUCUGAAACAAAAGGACCCAGAGGAGGCUGAGCGUCUCUCCAAUGACAUCCAGAACAAGUUACUGUCUGUCAUGAAGACCUCGUCUCUGGACACAGAAGUUACAAUGGUUGUUCAUUAUUUCUACUGGUUGGCAAGAAAACCAUAAUUAUUUGUUAUUGAACACUUUUGAUCAAGAAAUAAAGUUGGAGUUUGUCUAAUUGUUAUCUGUUGAAGCAUUAAAUUGUGUUAAAACAUUACUG